AUGGCCGCUGCGGCCACCCCCCGCAGCCUCCUUGUUCUCCUGCAGGUGCUCGGACUCGCCCUGGCACAGAUCAGAGGUCCGCCGGGGCAGCCGGGCCCCCCGGGCCCCCCGGGCCCGCCGGGAGUGCCUGGAUCCGACGGCAUCGACGGUGACAAGGGGCCCCCUGGAAAACCUGGCCCUCUGGGACCCAAGGGGGAGCCUGGCAAACCCGGGCCAGAUGGGCCAGAUGGGAAGCCUGGGAUUGAUGGUUUAACUGGAGCCAAGGGGGAGCCUGGCCCCCUGGGGAUUCCUGGAGUUAAGGGCCAGCCUGGGCUCCCAGGUCCCCCUGGCCUGCCAGGCCCCGGCUUCACUGGACCUCCUGGACCACCUGGACCUGUUGGCCUCCCUGGUGUGAUUGGUAUCCCAGGCCCCAAGGGGGAUCCUGGACCAGAGGGACCAGAAGGACCUCCAGGGCCCCCUGGCAAACCGGGCCGCCCAGGAACUAUCCAGGGCCUCGAAGGCAGCGCGGAUUUCCUGUGCCCAACCAACUGUCCAGCGGGUGUGAAAGGCCCCCCAGGGCUGCAGGGAGUGAAGGGGCAUCCAGGCAAACGCGGAGUUCUGGGCGAUCCUGGCCGCCAGGGGAAGCCAGGUCCCAAGGGAGAUGUGGGUGCCUCUGGAGAGCAAGGCAUCCCUGGACCACCGGGUCCCCAGGGCAUCAGGGGCUACCCAGGCAUGGCAGGAGCUAAGGGAGAGAUGGGUCCUCGCGGGUACAAAGGUAUGGAGGGCCCCAUUGGCGCCGCCGGGUCCCCGGGUGAGGAGGGGCCACGGGGGCCCCCAGGCCGAGCUGGGGAGAAGGGUGAUGUGGGCAGCCAAGGUGUUCGAGGACCCCAGGGACUAACAGGCCCGAAAGGAGUGACCGGCCCCCCAGGCAUCGAUGGCAAGGAUGGGACCCCAGGCACACCUGGCAUGAAGGGCAGUGCAGGACAGGCGGGGCGGCCAGGAAACCCAGGUCACCAGGGUCUAGCGGGUGUGCCAGGCCAGCCCGGGACAAAAGGGGCCCCUGGAGACAAGGGUGAGCCAGGCCAGCAGGGCCUCCCCGGAUUCUCUGGUCCUCCUGGGAAAGAGGGAGAGCCAGGGCCUCGAGGAGAAAUUGGUCCCCGGGGCAUCAUGGGGCAGAAGGGUGACCAGGGUGAGAGGGGGCCAGUGGGGCGGCCAGGUCCUCAAGGUCGACAGGGCCCCAAAGGAGACCAGGGGUCCCCCGGAAUUCCAGGGCCCCAAGGCUUGCCAGGCAUCAAAGGGGACAAGGGUUCCCCGGGGAAGACCGGGCCCCGCGGCGGAGUGGGCGAUCCGGGUGUCGCCGGCCUCCCCGGAGAGAAAGGCGAGAAGGGGGAGUCUGGCGAGCCGGGGCCCAAGGGGCAGCAAGGAGUCCGCGGAGAACCCGGCUACCCUGGGCCCACUGGGGAUGCGGGAGCCCCAGGGCCUCAGGGCUACCCAGGGCUACCCGGCCCUCGAGGACUGGCUGGAAGCAGAGGCAUUCCCGGGCUGCCCGGGAGACAGGGCGUGGCGGGCCGAGAUGCCAGUGACCAGCACAUCGUGGACGUGGUGCUGAAGAUGCUGCAAGAGCAACUGGCAGAGGUGGCUGUGAGUGCCAAGCGGGAAGCCCUGGGUGCAGUCGGAAUGGUGGGCCCUCCAGGGCCCCCAGGACCUCCUGGGUACCCAGGCAAACAGGGACCCCACGGGCACCCUGGCCCUCGGGGAAUUCCUGGCAUCGUGGGGGCCGUGGGUCAGAUCGGCAACACGGGGCCCAAGGGAAAACGUGGAGAGAAAGGUGAUCGGGGAGACGUGGGACGUGGGCACCCCGGGAUGCCUGGGCCACCAGGGAUCCCAGGCCUCCCUGGCCGGCCUGGCCAGGCAAUCAAUGGCAAGGAUGGAGACCGAGGGUCCCCAGGGGCUCCAGGAGAGGCAGGCCACCCUGGCUUGCCAGGCCCCGUGGGGCUGCCUGGCUUCUGUGAGCCUGCGGCCUGCCUUGGAGCCUCAGCCUAUGCCUCUGCCCGCCUUACGGAGCCAGGAUCCAUCAAAGGGCCGUGA